AUGGCGCCCUCGCUAGAAGAGCCCGUACAGGUCGAUUUCGAAGCACCUCUCAAGGCUGCGCCCAAGCUCGUUGCGCCCGAGCCAGAACACUGCCCCGGUCCCGAAUCUCUCACAGCCGGUCAAGCGGACUCCUGCGCUGGAUGUCCCAACCAGUCGAUAUGCGCCUCCGCGCCCAAGGGCCCCGAUCCCGACAUACCCAUCAUAACCGCGCGCCUCUCCUCCGUAAAGCACAAGAUACUCGUACUCUCCGGUAAAGGCGGCGUCGGAAAGUCGACCUUCAGCACAAUGCUUUCGCAUGGCUUCGCAUCGAAUCCAUCAUCGACUGUCGGACUCAUGGAUACAGACAUCUGCGGGCCUAGCAUACCGAAAAUGAUGGGUGUAGAAGAAGAGACAAUACACGUUAGCGGAGAAGGAUGGGAACCAGUAUGGGUCAGCGAGAACCUAGGAGUCAUGAGCGUACAGUUCAUGUUACCAAACCGCGAUGACGCAGUCAUCUGGCGCGGCGCAAAGAAGAACGGGCUGAUCAAGAAAUUCCUCAUGGACGUAACAUGGGGCGAACUGGACUUCCUCGUCGUCGACACACCACCGGGUACAUCCGACGAGCAUCUCUCCGUCAACUCCUUCCUCAAAGCCAGCGGCGUCGACGGCGCAGUCCUCGUAUCCACACCCCAAGAAGUCUCGCUUCUCGACGUUCGGAAGGAGAUCGACUUUUGCCGGAAAGCGGGUAUACCUAUACUGGGCAUCGUUGAGAACAUGAGCGGGUUCGUAUGCCCGGGUUGCAAGCACGAGUCUCAGAUCUUCAGAGCGAGUACGGGCGGUGCAGCAAGGUUAGCGAAGGAUCAGAAUAUACCAUUUUUGGGCAAGGUGCCACUGGAUCCAAGGAUAGGCAUGGCUUGCGACUUUGGAGAGAGCUUCUUGACGGCGUACCCGGACAGCCCGGCUUGCGCUGCUAUCAAGGAGGUUGUUAGGAGAGUCGGGGAGGAGAUUGGAUUGAGCAGAGAAGAAGUAUUGCCUGUGGAUGAGGAAGAAGCGUGA